GUCUGAGCAGGCGGGGAGGGAGCGGAGCGGAGGACCCGAAACAAACGGACAGAACCUGUGACUCUCCGCAACUUAACCGGACAAGGGAUCACCCCCACCUGAUCAACUACACUCUCAGGUUCCAGACUUUACUUGCAGCCUUACCUGUCUAGCUGAGAACUGCCGAUUCUUCCAGAACUCCAUGACAUCGUUGUCAACAGUAACGUUACACAGAAAGCAGGUCGAUGACGUCGUUCUGACGAGCAGCUGAGAUGUCCAAUGACAGCGAGGGAUCGGUGAAGGGGGAGGCAGCCAUGAUGCCAUCUCCCUCUGGCUCCGCCUCCUCUCAGGGACCGCCCCUUUCUCCAUCCAAACCACCUGAGCUGCCAGAUGAACUGGUGCAGGCUGGAUGGUCUAAGUGUUGGUCUCGGAGGGAGAACCGUCCGUAUUAUUUCAACAGAUUCACCAAUCAGAGCCUGUGGGAGGUCCCAGUGCUGGGUCAGCAUGACGUCAUCUCUGACCCUUUAGGUCUGAAUGCUGCCCCAGCAGAGGGCGGGGACGCUAACCUUGGUAACGGUCAGAGGAAGAGGAGGAGCUCUGAGGAGCAGGGGGCGGGGCCUAACAGCAUUAAACGAGCGAAGGUGGAGCCCACCACGCCCAUCUCUCCCAGCACCCCUGGAGUCAAACCUUGGAACUCUGCCCCCGAAGACAAACAGGCCCAAGCAGCCACACCCACAACUCCGAGCCCCGCCCCCGCUCCAUACAGACCGGCUGUGAUCUACUGGGAUCUGGACUCCCAGACCAAUGCUGUGAUAAGAGAGCACCCCCCUGCCAACCACCUUCCCCCCCACCCUGAGAUCGAGCUGCAGAGGGCUCAGCUGGUCACCAAACUUCGGCAACACUAUCACGAACUGUGCCAUCAGAGAGAAGGUAUCGAUCCGCCCCGGGAGUCGUUUAACCGCUGGCUGCUGGAGAGGAAAGUGAUCGACAAAGGUCAGGACGCCUUACUGCCGAGCGACUGCGACCCAGUCAUCUCCCCGUCCAUGUUCAGAGAGGUCAUGAACGACAUUCCCAUCAGGUUGUCGCGUAUUAAGUACAAAGAGGAGGCUCGGAAGCUUCUAUUUAAAUACGCAGAAGCCGCCAAGAAGAUGAUCGACUCCAGGAAUGCGAGUCCAGAGAGCAGGAAGGUGGUGAAGUGGAACGCUGAAGACACCAUGAGCUGGCUGCGCCGAGAUCACUCCGCCAGCAAGGAGGACUACAUGGUAACCUAUGUUAACUUCUUAAAUACUUAUUAACCCUUUAACACCUAAGCUUAAAAAGCCUUAUUUGCUUACUUGCUUAUUUUGACUAUAAAAAGGUCAGACAAUGUCCUGUGAGUAAGUGCAUUUUCCAACAAUACCUGGAA